AAUCUCUUGAAGUUCAUGGAGUUCUAAAAAAACAACAGACAGACUGGGACGAAUGGACAGUCAACUUGUUCCCACCAAACGGUUACGACCGUGACAUGUAUACAAUGUUGUUUGCUGACUAUAUAAACGAGCAGUGA